GUUAAAACAUUCAAGAGACUUGAAUAAAAAAAAAAGAAACUUCCUCGUUUGGAGUAAACUGAAAGUGUGAUAUUUUUUCUUUAGCUGGCUGGUGUCUUAGUAGGGGAAUUUCACACUGAUGUUAAUUGUACCCGGCUCUGAUUAAACAAAGGCAGAAUAAGAAUGUAAAAAAGACGAGAGAUGUCAGAACAUAAGAUUCCUCAACCGUUAGAUAAUAUCGGUUGUCAGGAUCUGCUACAAGAAGAUUACAGUCACUGUGGCUGGCUGAGGAAGCAGAGCUUUAUCAACAGAAUUGGCAAAUUCCGCUGGCCUCAGAUUUACAUGGUGCUAAGCGGAGGAUGUAUUUAUUACUUUAAAAAUGAAUACAGCACCCGUCCUGCCGGGAAAUUCACACUGUAUGGCUACAAUACGGUCAGUAGAGCACAGGAAAAGGUUUCCCCCAAGGUGGCCCCUUUUGCCUUUAAGGUUGUCCAUGCCUCACCAGAUUAUAAAACCUACUUCUUUGCUGCUGGAUCUGAGAAAGAAAUGAAGGAAUGGAUGAAGCAUAUUAAAAGUCAGCUAGUCAAAGCUAAUGGCCAGAAGUCAGAUAACUACUAUUACACGUAUAAGAGAGCCGGGAAACAGGCGGCCGCGGAAGAGGACGACAAAUCGAUGACGUAUCAAGAAAUUGAAACUGACAUCUAUGGUGACACUAAUGCCUUCAAAGUCACGAGUGACUACGCACUCAAAUUCAAAUUAAAGGGAAAGGAUGAUGUAUCCGAUGACGAGGAUAUAUCGGUCCCCGCCCCUCCACCCCCGCGCCGGAUACCGAACAAGGAUGCAUACAAGGAGCGACCCCCGGCCCCACUCCCCGGCGAGGACACCAAUAAACCGGCACUACCCACUACCGACAUACCCUCAGUACCACCCAGGCAAACCGGAAGGGACGUCUCGGCGAAACCCGCCAAAGAAAAUGAACACAGGAAUGGACAAAGGCCGAGGAGACAAUCUGAGGAUGCUGUGGCGAAAGUUCACAAAGAAUUAACAGAAGCUCUUUCAAAUAGUCAUUCACGUGGCAAAAGAGGAUCUAAGGAUAAAGAAGAGAGUCCGUUCACUGCGAGGAAGAUGGCGGAAACCGUUGUAGAUGAGGAUGACGAUGAAGAGGAUAGUGAGGACUACUGGGAAAAUAUUUAUUAUGAUGGCGAGGACAAGGACAAGGCACAAGAGAUUAUAAGAAACAUAGGAGAUGAUGGCGUGUACCUUGUCAGGACAGGAGCAGAUGGCGGACAGGUGCUUGUAGUAUAUGCAGAAAAUAUGCCAAAGAAAUAUAAAAUUACUAAUGAGAAUGGAGAAUAUUACUUAAAGAAAGAUGGCCCGCACGCCGAUUCGGUGGAAAUGUUAAUGUAUGAAUAUUAUACAACAGAACUGCCGACAGCCAAAGCGUGUUUAGAAACUCCUUUUAAACUCCACCCUAAAUACAAAGGAUAGCAAAUCAAAUUAGGAAAUCCCUCGCUGAAUUCCCUGCGGACCUUUAAGCUUUUCCAGUGGCCGUGAUACCUAAUGACUUUUCUGUAGCGUUGAUCAGAGUGUAUUUUUUUAUUAUAAGGUUUUCAGGUUUCCUAAAUUAGGAAAUGAUUUUAUUUGAUUUCUAUUAACAGUCAUAUUUUCUAAUCCUUUGAAAAUGUGUCAUUUGUAAUUUUUGACAGUAUAAAAUUUUGAAAAAAUACACGAAAGUCAUUACACCGUUGCAGUUUACAUUACACUAGUUUGCAAAAGGGUACAACAAUA